AUGAGUUCCUCUUCCUCUUCUCAUAGCCCUUCCAAUUUCAUCAACCACCCAUCAUCUUCGGAUAUUCCGUCAAUAACGACCUCGUCAUCCGCAACGCUACUCAGCGAACUGACACAAAGUUUAAAAUCAACAACACUCUCCUCAGGCACACCACCAAUGAAAAACACUGGCAGCAACGGAUUGAUUGAAAGUAGAGAAGAUCAUAAAUUUCAGAGGAUAAUACUGAUUCAUUUGAAAACAGGUGUAACGAUAUUUGAUUAUUGCUUUCCGAAUGCUUGGAACGCAAAGAAGACUGAUAUUGGAGGUUUUUUAGCCUCUUGUUAUCAGUUUGAUGCUACUGUCAAAGGAGGAGGAAUUAGAAAAAUUGUUUUUCAACCUCCAAGCGACAAUCAAACAUCUCAUUCCUCAGGAAGAAUUAUUCGCCAAGCAUCUGGUACAUCUGCAACAACACCUGGACUCAAUAUGAUUGGCUCCUCUUCAGCAACUGUGGGUGGAAAAUUGAGAACUAUCACUCCGACAUCAACCGUUAGAAUCAAUGACAAUCAAAGCAUCACAACCACACCUACAUCAACAACAUCAAGUACUCCAGGAGGAGGUAACACAAGUGGUGGUCCACCUCAUCAUCAUCAUGCCAAAACAAACAGUACAAGUAGCAUGAAUAUUCUUUCGGGAUUUAAUACAAUCCGAAGGAGAAGUGUGCAUCAUAGAUCAAAGAGGAAUAGAAGAACUUGUUUGAAUUUUGGAGAUCCGAUGGGCUUGAAUUCAUCAAAUCUCAUGUAUAUUGUAUUUGGGUUGCCCAAUGACCCAAUUUCACCCGUUCUUGUCUCACAUAGUCCCUCGUAUUAUGUAAAUAUUUCGACACAAUUAGACCCAACAUGCUUAUGUGCAGUUUGUUUCGAGGGAUGCAACGAUUUAUGGACCGAAAUUGCAAAAACAUUUGCCUCCGAGGCUGUUCGAGAAUUUUGUACAGCACAUAGAGAUCUCUUAGAAAAGCACAAAAAGAAUUUUGAAAAAUUGAAAAUUGAAGCCAACAGAGACGAGGAGUUGGAACGACAAAUUGUCGAAGAAUUUCAAAUAUUUGAGGAGUUAAUGAAUAAGACUAAACAACGGGUACUGGACGCGUUUGCUUCAAGGAUUACUAUGGAGUCCAACAGAUCGAAAAAUGGGGAAACCUCAAUGUAG